AUGGACUUUAUGGAUUUAGGGGUAACCUCCCGUAAAACUGGGCUUCGUGUCAAAAAUAACAUUGCUAAGGAUGAAUAUAACAUGGAAGAUGUAGAAGAUUUCUUUAAGGAAGAUGAAACAAGUAUGAUAACAGUACGGAAGACAAAAAGUAGGAAAAUUUCUCUAUUGCCUCGUAAGCGAACUUCUUUGGUAGAAGAAAGGACAGAAAAUGAAACGUCCCGAUUCUCUACACCUCAUAUCUUCUCACCUGCAAUUAGUGAUACCAGACGCUUAUCUUCUCCAUCAGUAUAUAUACCACAAGACCAAUCACAAGUUGAACAAACGUCAAAUGUUUUGAAAAAUAGUUUUAACAAUAGAAGUCUGAUAUCGGGACACCAGGAUUCUCCAUUGCUCGAGCCAAUUCAUGAAGAGGAGCCCUUUGAUUAUGGACAAGAAAGUAACUUUCAAACGAACAAUCAUCAAUCAAAUAUACGAAGUUUCCUAGCACCAAAUUCAUCAUUACAACAGUAUAACACUACUUAUGAUUUGAAUUCUACGAGGCGGACAUCUUUAAACGUUAGGGCACCCCCAAACGAAUUCGUGAACCCAUACACAGAAAGCGAAGCUCCAGAUCUUGUACAUGAUGCUGAUUUAACCAUCGAUAAUACUUCCUUUAAUACAUCAGAAAAUGCAGUUCUCGAAGAAGAACUGUCGGAAUAUGAUAUAGAGAAUAGCGAUAGUGAUGAUGACAUUGAUUAUAAUGCAGAUUUUUUAUCAUCUGGCGUAUCAUCAAAUGAAGAAGGAGAAAUGAAUGAAGAAGGAGACAAUGAGGAAAGUAUCCUAAACGAUAUAGACUCAGCGCAGAUUGAUAAAACGUACAUCCCCUCAGAUGAGGAAAAUAAUGACGAUGAUGACCAGGAUAUUGAUGGCGUAUCGAUAAAUCACCAAUUACCAACAGAUUUUGCUGAUUUCUCAUCCGAUGAGGAUGAAGAAUAUUUACCCUCUCAGAGGAAUAACACUGAACCAGCUGAAACUACAAGUGUCAAAAGGUCUGCAAGAAUAAAGAUUCCUCCCUUAGAGUACUGGAGAAAUGAGAAAGUUGUUUAUAAGAGGAGAGAUUCCAAACCCUACCUAGAUAUUGAGAAGAUAAUAACGUACGAGCCAAGUAGUAGCUCUGAAGAUGAAGCCGAGGCCAAGGCUCGUUCUAAGCGAAUAAAGAAAGCACCACAAUCAAACAACAACUUGACAUCUGAAACUUUAUCAUUAACAAAUAUCAUAGGCAUUCCUAGAGUGGAAAACCAAUCGAGGAAUUUUAGAUCAGUUAAUAAUAGAAUAAUACGUGGUCAGAUAAAGGAUAACUCUAACAGCUCUGAUUCAAAAUUGCUUGACAGAAUCCAAAAUGGUGAGGUUAAAGAUGCAACCUGGAUACAGGAUGGGUUUUUAGAGGCUACAGUAAAUUCCGCGAUUGAUAAACAAAGCAAGGAAGUUAUUGCUUAUGCCCCAAAUAUUUCCCAAGCAGAGAGAACAAAGAGAACACCAGAUGAUAAGUAUACUUUAUCGGUGAUGUUCGAUAAGCAUAAAGAAAUGUUUGCAAGUGGUAUCCUAAAAUUACCCCCAUCCGGUUUGCGAGAUACAACAGAAUCUCAUAACGCAUUCAUUACAUUUUACGUCAUUCACGGAAUUGUAGAGGUAACAGUAGGUACAAACAAGUUCAUUACUCCCACUGGCUGUUCAUUCCAAGUUCCAUCAUUCAAUAGCUACUCCUUUAAAAACAGAGGAAAAGAGGAAGUUCAACUAUUUUUUGUCCAAGUAAUAGUGCCAGAAACCUUUAAUUCUGAGCAUGCCUUAGUAAAUCCUUCUUCGACUGGAGAUAUCCCAGAUAAGGAAGAAUUUUCUAUGUCGGAAGAUGAAUCAUCUAAAGUGCUAAACUUGAAAGAUAGAUACAUUUCCGAUUCUCAAACAAAGAUACGACCAUCAUCAAUUCAACAAAAACUGUUCAUUAGUUCAAGUUCCUCAGACCUUUAG